AUGAAUGAAGCUUUAAACGUUCGAAUUUCAGCAACGAAAACGUUGCAUUCCGUUUCUUCUUCUCCUCUGCCUUUUUCCUCGCACGUCCAUCUCGUGUCCGUAAAGGACAGCCCGACGGCGUUUCUCUUCGCGCAUUUCGUGCACGAAUGCCUCAAAAUCCAACGCAACGACAAAAAGAACGAAGACGAGGAGGACUCUGACGAUGAUGAGAACAACAAAGACGAGGAUACGAAGAACGAGAGGAACGCGACGAAAACAACAAAAACGAGCAGCUCGAGGACAUCGAAAAGAAAAAGAGCUGCAAUAGUGUUCGUGGAAACGAUGAAACCGUUCGAAACUUCAAUCAGUCCGCACUUGAGGAGGAAAAAAGCUGAAUUUUUGUACCAAAAAAAGGAAAAAUUUGGGAUCGAAUCCAUCGAUUGUUGGUCGACACCAAUGGCGUUUAAUUUCAACGAUGACGAUGAUAAAGAAGAAGAAGACGAAAAGGAGGAGAAUGUGUUUACGGUGAAUGGCGCGCGUUCGAGUGCAACGUCGAGUUUAGAUGGUUUGUAUGAUUUGAUCGCGAAGAAGGUAUCGGGGACGGUCGGAGACGAUACUAUCGGAAGAACGAUGGAAGAGUGUAGCAGAAAUGGUGGUGCGAGUAUUUUUAUCGACUCGUUGGACGUGUUAGCGGCGAGAACGAGCGAGAAAGCGGUCGUGCGGUUCCUCGUGCGGUUGAGAGCGAUGGAGAAUGUGGCUUUAGUGACGGGGUGCCAGGCGGCGGAGGAUGUCGAGGAUGGAUUCUUAGACGAGGACGACAGAGAGCGCGGGACGAUGCAAUUACUGAUUGAAAACUUAGCCGACGUGACGUUGACGACGUCCAAGUUACCUUCCGAAGGUGGUAAUAAAGGUGAGUUGGUCAAGGUUGUCACGAGACAUCGAACGGUGGAUUCCAAGUAUUUAGACUGGGACGGGAGCGUCGUGGAUGGAAAUAGAACUUUAUUGGACGAAGAGAAUGGUGGCAGUCGACGACCGGGCGGAAAGUUUUCGCACGUCACUGCUGGCAUUAGUAGUGGUAGAAAUUUUGACGACGACGACGACGACGAGUUGACGUUCUCUUUAACGACUGAGUGCGUGGCGACGAUUUCAGAGCUCGGCGCGAAAUGCGAGCGAUAUAGUUUCAGCUUGUAG